ACUUGAUCCAUUCACGCAGGACCUCCUCGCUUGUUUUGUUUGUCAUAGGGUUCUAUCUAAUUAAUGCCUGCGUUAAAAAAAUAAACGGACCCAACAUACACCAUCGACUAGUUAUUUAAAGCGAUUGUUGUGGAGGCUUGGUUGCACCCCUCUAUUCGAAGCUAUCCGUCGUUGAAGAUCUGUCUGGUCAUACAGGUAGCUAAUCUAACCCUCAUAUACUUUGUUUUAUUGGAAAUAAUUAGCCUUUCUGGUUUGUUUUCUCUGAUUUUAUCAUGCUUUCAAAUAAUCCCCACGGCAUGGCUAACUCGACAGAAUUCGAGAAUAUUCUAUCCUCACAAUCCAUGCUACAUGUGCCCUGGGACAAACUAUGUUUUCUGAGAUAAAGGAGUUAGCUAGUUUAUUAAUAAUACUACGUGAGGCUAUGCACCACAUGUGUAUGCUAUCAAUGCUAAUAUUUAACUAGCGUGCAAGCUACCUAGCUAGCAGUUACAUUUUUACCACCUCUUUAAGGAAUACCUGGGAUAGGAUAAAGUAAUCCUUCUACCCCCCCACCCCCCCAAAAAAACAAAAACAUUGUAAAGUGGUUAUCCCACUGGCUAUAAGGUGAAUGCACCAAUUUGUAAAUCGCUCUGGAUAAGAGCGUCUGCUAAAUGACGUAAAUGUAUUGUACUUCCUCGCACUUUCUUGUUGUGUAGCGUGUGCUGGACCUGUGAAGUGAGAAUGGACCCGCGGAAAGUGCAUGAGUUGAAGGCCUUCGUGAAGUUGUGCGACGAAAAUCCCUCCAUAUUGCACCUUCCCGAGCUCGGCUUCCUCCGGGCCUGGUUGCAAGGGUCAGUUGAUAAUCCUUCUGUUUAUCGCACAGCGUCAAGCGUGCACUUGCUCUUUAUCGUCAAAAGUAGCGGGCCACUAUCUGUUAGGAGUCGGAUCAACCCAUGUUCAAAACCCGGUUUAUUCUCCGGAUAUCAAUAGUAUUAGCGUUAAAUGAUUGAGGUCAUUGUUAAUGCAUUCUCAUGUGAUUUUUGUUGUUGUUGCCAAUAGCCUACUGUUCAGAGUACUUUCAACAUCUGCUUCCCCAACUACCCAGAACGGGAAUGCCGCAGUCACACCCACACACUGCUGCUAAAUAUCAGACAUAUUUCGCUCUCUGUCUAUGUCAGUACAAAGUACUGUAUUCGUUUAAGAAAAAAACAGAAAUUCCUACUGUACUAAGUAAUACGCCAAAAUGUACUGGCUGCAGUUGGCAAAAUUGAAAGGCGCAUAUUGGAGAGAAUGAAAAAUUGAAAGAAGGUUCUGUCUCUUUUUUUUCCCAGAUUGGGAGCUACAAUUCCACAAGCCCCCCAAAAUGACUCUUCAUGCAAGGUAUAAGUAUGACUUGUUUCAUAUAUCCAUUCAGUUGCUAUAUUUGACAGCCUACCAGUACAGUUAAGCCAAUAAAACUUCUUAAUUUCAGGGUGGGUGUCCAUGUGCUGGAGCUCCUCCCCCUGCCUCUGCUCCUGAGCCCCAUGCCCCCUCUGAGAGUGAGGAGAGUGAACUAGGUACGUCCAUGGCAGCAUUCUCACACCUGGCCCACACAUUUUCCCACAGUCACCCAUUGAGUUCGAAAAGGAAAUGGGUACACAGGCCAAAGAUUUAUCGUCCUCUGAAAAUGAAAUUAUUUUUUAGACUCUCACACCAUAUCAAUAAAUCAUCACCCAGACAUUUACAGUUCCAUUCCAUCUCAUAAAUUCAGUGAUGCAGUGAAGACCGCAGAUCAACAAACAAUACGUUGCAUGACCACACAGUCUGUAAUGUUGCCUUAUAAACUGAUUGCCAAGCUCUUGAGCAAUGCUUAUACAACAACGGAAUUAGAGGCUAAAGUCCUUGAUGGAUCCCCUUGCUUCUUCAGAGAUCGACCAAGAUGGGGUGAUUGAGCCAGACACAGACGAACCUCAGGAGAUGGGAGACUUUGAAAAUCUGGAGGUGAGAAUAUUUGUUGUUAUUUAUAUAACAUAAGGAUGGGAGAGUGCAUGGAAGUGCUUUUCAUUUGGGGAGUUUCUGCAGAUGAGAACUUAUGAGAAAUGCAUCCAGUGAGCAUGCAAGCCCUGAAGAAGACUGCUUGAAAUUUCCCACCCAAAGCAGAAGACCACAUGGCAUCUCAUAUGACUUGCAGAUAAAUAGUGUGUUCUUGUUAGGUGACAGAGGAAAUGAUGGACCAGGCCAACGAGAAGAAGAUGGAAGCUAUCGAAGCGUUAGGAGAAGGUGGGUUGGUUGUUUUACAUUUUAGUCAUUUAGCAGACGCUCUUAUCCAGAGCGACUUAGUUAGUGAGUUGUUCUGAGGUUCUUGCAUUGACAUUGCACUGACCUUGUAGUAAAUCGGGAAGACAUUUUAAUAACAAAUGGUUAUAAUUAUCACUUUUUGGUGCUGUCAAAUACAGGUGACUUGCAGAAAGCCCUGGACCUCUUCACUGAAGCCAUCAAACUCAAUCCACGGGUAGCUAUCAUGUAUGCCAAGAGGGCAAGGUGAGUCCCACUGCUAGACUUAACAAUGCCAUACCACAUGAUGUGCUCUAGUACAUGAUCACUUAGACUGACGUAUGUUCUUUGCCAGCGUCUACAUCCGGAUGCAGAAACCCAAUGCAGCUAAGCGGGACUGCGACAGAGCCAUUGACAUCAACCCAGAUUCUGCACAGCCCUACAAGUGGAGGGGGAAAGCUCACAAGUAUGCUGCUAGAUAGGCUGCAUAUUCAAGUUCAUCACAGACACAAUGCAGUUGUAUAUGAUUUAUAAGUAAUACAAUAUAGGGGUGUGCCGAGUAGGCUCUGUCGUAGCCGUCCGCGACCAGGAGACCCAUGGGGCGGUGCACAAUUGGCCCAGCGUCGUCCAGGGUAGGGGAGGUAAUGGCCUGCAGGUAUGUAGCUCAGUUGGUAGAGCAUGGCGUUUGCAAUGCCAGGGUUGUGGGUUCGAUUCCCACGGGGGGCCAGUAUGAAAGAAAAAAUAAAUAAUGUAUGCACUAACUGUAAGUCGCUCUGGAUAAGAGCGUCUGCUAAAUGGCUAAAAUGUAAAUGUAGUCGGACAAAACGAGUAUCGUAAGGGAUAUGGGCAAUUUUCUGGAAACGAUUUGAUCAGAGUAUUUACUUUUCAUUAUCCGUAAUCGGAAAAAAAUACAUUUUCAAGUGUCGGCACACAUCUUUCUCAAGUCAGUCAGUCAUGUGCGAGGUUCUACAUGGUCUAAAUAACUCAACUGGCUGUCUGUAAAGAAAAGGGUGGGCUGUACGUUGAUCAUACUGCUCUGAUUGGAUAUAGUGAAGUUGUAUUUCUCUGUCCACUCACGUCAUAAAUUCACCAGAUCAGUUUUCCUUGCAUGUUUUCGGUCUGAUCAUUUAGAUAGCUGCUGCCUGCUACUAUGAUAAAUCACAUGGCGAGGACAUUUGCUAUCAAGCUAUCAAUGUGCAUAAUAUCUAACAUGGUUAGGGGGAAAAAAUAUGAAAUGCUGAUGCGCAUUCUGACUGAGUGUCAGCAAACUUGGCUGCCCGCUGCAAGUUGAGGACACAGACACACACCUCCCCGCGCUGCUCCUAAUCUGCAGUGAAUGUGCAGGGAGGUAUUUUGCCAACAUCUACUAAGGCAUAUUAAAACACUUCUGCUUUUUCCGGUCACGAGUAUCCUCCGAUCUGACUAUCAACUGUCAAUUUACGAUUACGAAUAAAUAGUAUGGCCAUUUUGGCACACCCCUAAUACAAUACUUUGAUAAUCACAUUUUGAGUCUCCUUCUUCUUUGUGCGUCAGGUUGCUGGGGCACUGGGAGGAGGCAGCGAAGGACCUGGCCACUGCCUGCAAACUGGACUACGACGAUGACGCCAGCACCAUGCUGAAAGAGGUCCAGCCCAAGGUACCCAGCCACUGACUUUUUCAUACCUGAGCAGUUUCAAGGUUGUCUGGUCAAUCAGUGUGUUCUGGUCUGACUUUCAACUCAUGCUCUUUCACUCCUUAGGCUAACAAAAUCAUUGAGCACCGGCGCAAGUAUGAGCGCAAGCGGGAGGAGCGAGAGAUCAAGGACAGGAAGGAGAGGGUAAAGAAAGCAAGGGAAGAGCAUGAGAAGGCUCAGAGGGUGAGUGUUUGGUGCAAGAACAGAGGAGAACGACUAAGAAUUUCAAAAUAAAGGGUCUCAAUUAAAUAAAUAACUCUGCACAGGAGGAGGAGGCUAGACAAGCAGCAGGAGGAGGUGGCUUCCCAGGAUUCCCAGGUAUGAGAUGAAAUGUCUUGAUGAGAAGUUGAUUAGCUCAAUCAGGUUUGUUAGUGCAGGGCUUGAACAAAGGCCUGUAAUUUCUGGCCCUAUAAUUCUCCAGUAUCACGAUCACUCAAGGGUCCAUUGGAGCCCUGUAAUCGCAUUAAUCGUGUGUUCCUUGUCUCAUGCUGUAGGUGCUGGCGGUUUCCCAGGUGGUGCUGGCGGUUUCCCAGGUGGGGCUGGUGGCGGUUUCCCAGGUGGGGCUGGUGGCGGUUUCCCAGGUGGGGCUGGUGGCGGUUUCCCAGGUGGGGCUGGAGGCGGUUUCCCAGGUGGGGCUGGAGGCGGUUUCCCAGGUGGGGCUGGAGGCUCUCCUUUCGGCAUGCCUGGUCUGGGAGAGCUCUUUAACGAUCCGGAGGUGCUCAACGCCAUGAAGGUACGACAAUCCUUACAUUUCACCUGAAGUCUUACAGUUAGCCCUUGGAUUCCAUGUCAGUAUCCAUAUCUAAUCCCAUCUCUCUUGUGUGUUGUCUCCAGGACCCUGAGGUGAUGGCAGCUUUCCAGGACGUGGCUCAGAACCCAGCUAACAUCGCCAAGUACCAGGGUAACCCCAAGGUCAUGGCCCUCAUCACUAAGCUGAGCUCCAAGUUUGGGAGCCCUUCGCCCUAG